ACUUACAUCUUGACUUCUGCCAAAUUGGACUCCACCAGUUAUAGAUGGCUGUCUGGGUUAUCAGCUUAUAAUUUCAAAAUCCAAUAUAGAGCAGGAGCCCAAAACCAGGAUGCCGAUGGGUUGUCCAGACGUCCAAACGGUCAGCUGUUGAAUGAUCUGGAGUCUCAAAAAGAACAGGAGAGGAUUAAACAGUUCACUCUGAAUCAUCUAGCUGAAACCAAUGAAGAUCUGUCGGUGAUACUACCAGAAGCAGUGAAGGCUGUGUGUGAGAAGCAUCAGGUUAGCCAGUCAAAGGAUGGACGCCUUGUCUUGAUCACAUUAGCAGAGUCCAUGAUGAUGGAUGCGAGUGCAUUACCCCAAGGAUUCCAGGAAGAAUAUGAUCAUGGCUUACCUGUGAUCCCUCACCUCUCUGAGGAAGAUUUAGCAGCCCAACAACGAGCAGAUCCAGAGUUGAAAGAGCUCCUGGAGUACCUAGAGUCUGGUGAAAAACCCCUUGGUAGAACAUCCCAGUCACCUACCAUGGCUAUGUGGAUGAGAGAGUGGAAUAAGCUCGAAAUCAAGAAUGGAGUGUUGUAUAGGAAAAGAAUGGAUCAAGGUAGAGUGUUGGGCCAGCUAGUGUUACCCAGGGAUCUACGACAGAUGGUACUCACCAGUCUUCAUGAUGACAUGGGUCAUUUAGGGCUGGAGCGGACUCUUGAUCUCCUCCGUUCCAGGUUCUAUUGGCCUAAAAUGGCUGAUGCUGUAGAGAAAAAGAUCAAAACCUGUCAGCGUUGUAUUCGGAGGAAGGCUCCACCACAGAGAGCAGCUCCUUUAGUGAACAUACAGACCAGCAGGCCCUUGGAGCUGGUCUGUAUGGACUUCCUGUCCGUAGAGCCAGACAGUAGCAACGCAAAGGAUAUAUUGGUCAUCACAGACCAUUUUACAAAAUAUGCCAUUGCGAUACCUACCAAAGAUCAAAAGGCUCGGACUGUGGCCAGAUGUCUCUGGGAUCAUUUCUUACUGCACUAUGGCUUCCCAGAAAAAUUGCAUAGUGAUCAGGGCCCAGAUUUCGAAUCCCGAACUAUUCAAGAGCUGUGCAAAGUUGCGGGUAUCCGUAAGGUGAGGACGACCCCCUAUCACCCAAGAGGGAACCCAGUGGAGCGGUUCAACAGGACCCUUCUGCAAAUGUUAGGAACCCUGGAAAACGACAAAAAGGCCCACUGGAAGGAAUUUGUUAAACCGCUUGUGCACGCAUACAACUGCACCAAGAACGAUGUAACAGGGUACUCGCCUUACGAAAUGAUGUUCGGACGCCAGCCUCGAUUGCCCGUGGAUCUUGCUUUCGGACUCCAAGUCAAUGACUCCUCCCAGUCUCACUCACAGUAUGUGAAAUCUCUUAAGGACCGGUUAGAAGAGAGUUACCAGCUCGCAACUCGCAAUGCUAUGAAGGUAGCGGGAAGAAACAAGAGGAGGUUCGAUCGAAAUGUAGUUGCUUCCAUUCUGGACAUAGGUGACCGAGUCCUAGUAAGGAAUGUCCGGCUAAGAGGGAAACACAAAAUAGCGGAUAGAUGGGAACCUGACGUCUAUAUUGUGUUAAAGAAAAGCAGUGGUAUUCCCGUGUAUACAGUUCGGCCAGAAGGGAAGGAAAGUCCAGUGCGUACUUUGCAUCGCGAUUUACUUCUGCCCUGUGGGUAUUUGCCCAACACUGAGUUCGAAGAAUCUGUCCAGCAAAAAGAACAUCGUAGGCCUAGAACCAGAGCCCAAUCCAGAAUCAAGGAUGCUACCGAAGCAGAAACUGUGCAUAGUUAUUCUGAAUCUGAGAGUGAAUCUAUUCACCUUGAUGUACCUGGAGAAUCUUUGGAGUUCACUACUAGAGUUAUUCCAGAAGAAAGACCAACUCAUGAGUCAGAGAGUUCAUCGGUUACCAGAAACUUACCUGUAGUUGAUUCCGUAAGUCCACAAUCCACUGUCCUGGAUCAGUCAAGAGAUGAUUCACCUGUUGAACAAAACCCGAUUAGUGAUGGAGUUGAGAGGAACUCACCUGUGAUGCACCAUGCAGAGCCAGACGCCUCUGGAGGUGAACCUGAAAGUAGAGAAGAGGGAUUAGCAAAAGUAAUCUCAGAAAACGAAUGUGAUGAAUCAAGUGAGCUAUCAGAUGAGUCAUAUGAUGUGGUCAAUGAAACUGGACCAGAUGCACAUGAAAAUAAUGUUACUCCUUAUCCUGACUCACCCCCUGUCAGACAUCUUCCAGGCAUUUCAACUGUGCCCAAGGAUGCAGGAGAUAUGGGUCCAAGACGUUCAAAAAGGCAGAGUAGACCACCAGACAAGUUGCAGUAUGCACGGCUGGGAAAUCCCUUGAUUUCAGUCAUUCAAUCUUUAUUGCAAGGAUUGAGUUCUGCACUUUCUGAAUCAGUGGAGGAAUCUGAUUAUAUAAGAAAUCAUGAUGCUGGACUCAAUGCAGUCUCACCUGUGUGACUUAACGACUCCCAAGCACAGGGACGUGCUAUGAUUCAGGAGGGGGAAGUGUAACCAAGGUUACCAGAGUAAUAUAGAAAUAAAGUUAUUAAUAUAUAAACAUACUAAUAUAUAAACAAAACUAUUGAGAACUACUUAAAAACGAGUACUAUUAUAAAAGAAAAUAUUAAUUUUAUAUAAACAUAUAUUUUACUUGGUUAUUAAUGUGACCAAUAGAGAGUAGCUUUUAAUACAACGUGAGCCAAUGAGAGCGCAGAAUGUGGCGCAGCGGAGAAAUUAGUUUCCGGAUUUUGCACGAGGUUUGCUCGUGGAGUCAGAGGCAGCUCUCUCUAUCGUGCAUAGGUGCUGAUGAGCGCGGUGUUUGCUGACGCUCCGGGGAACAGAAACAUAGAAAUAAUCUUCUGGAUGUGUUUUAUCGAUGGAUUGAUGUUAAAGAAAAGGGUUUAAAUCGGACGCGUUGUAACCGCUCCAUUCUGGAAUUUUCUGUGAGUUUAAAGAUCUCCUUGGUCAGGUUUUUUGUUUUUGUUUGGUUUUGUUCUGUUUUUCUUGUUCUGCCCUUGUCCAAAAUUGGAUUGCUGUCCUGUCCGAUGUGACGAGAUGUACCGAUGCCUGUAUUCUGGAUUUGUCCCGGCCUUCCAGUGGUUUUGAGGAGGGUUUGGACUGGCGAGCCUCCCUUGAGUUGUUCUUGGAUUUUCUGUGGAAACAAAAGAUUUUCUGAACUCUGCGAAUGGUAGGAAAUCGAAUAACUCUUCUUUUUUUGUGUUUUGGAUGGAGAUGUUCCUCAUGGACAAAGAAAAGACAUUUGUACUUCUAUGGACCAUUUGAAGAACUGUUUUUCUUGAAAGACUGAGAAAUUGAGGAUUUUGAGAUCAAAGGACAUUAUUUUAUUUCAUUGAGAAGUGUCAAUUUUCUGGGUUGACAAGUGAUAUAUUGUUUGGGUUUUGAUACUUGAACACUAAUUUUUGGGUGAAUCGAACACUGAGUUAAAGUGAAUAAAGUACUUACCUUGUUGACAAUCAAGGGAAAAGUUUCACGAAACCUGUGAAAAGAAAAGAUUGAUAGGAAAAUUCAGAAACAAUAUUUUCAAUUGUGAAAAUAUAUAUAUAUAUUUUUUAUUAUUUCA